AGUGUGCACUAGCACUUUGAACAUGACUAAAUUAUAGGCGUAUCGUUUUUUGUUCGUUCUUUAUUGUACCAUGUAGUGUUUGUGUGACAGAAAAAUGGAAUUAUCAAACCUGAUAGAUACACUGCUGCAAAGUGGUGAAGUUACUUCAGAACAAUUUGCAUCAUUUUACAAAUGUUUUGGUGUGUAUCAAGCAAAAAACAAACAGGAUGAAAAAUAUUUACAUGAUACUAUAUUUCUGAAAAUUGAGAAACUUGUUACUAGGAAUAUACUACGGCAGGACCUACUGUACUUAAGUGCAUUGGCUUCUAACAAUGUUUAUUUAGUAAAGGAGAUAACAAAACAUGAAAGAAAUAUUUACACUUUUGAUAUUGAGGAUUCCAGUUCUUUAUAUACAUACUGCAUUUUUGAAAAUAAACACUGGAUUAAAGAGGUUUUGAAAAAUUCUCAGUUGUAUUUGAAAAAAUUUGAUGCCACAAUUUACAACAAACUGUUGUUGUUAAAAAUAAUAAUAAGAACCCAGUCCAACAACAUCAAUGUUGAAGAUAUUUGCUCAAUUUUGGAAAGCAUUGAAGAAGACACAUUUGAAGACUUCUGGAAAUAUUUCAUAAAAGAAAUGAGGAGAACUGUAAAUGUGACAAAUUUUUGUGGCAAAUUGUCUGCACAAAGUAAAUGUGAAAUAUUUAAUUAUUCUGUUGAUCACUGCAUCUUAGAUGUAUUGGAUAAAUUUGUGUCAUUCAAAAAAGCAGAUUUUGAUGAUUUGUUAGAAGCAAUAAAAGAAGAUGAAGCAUUUUAUAGUGAACCGUCAGUUCAAUCACAGAUAUUCCUAGGAUUCAUUAUAUUAUCCAGCAUUUUACAAAUAUUGAUACUGGGAAAUGAUGAUAAAAACACCAUGGUCAUAAAUGUUGUUCAAAAUAUAACUGAAAAAUUAUUAAAUAUAAAAAAUGGUAAAUAUCAAUUAGAGUUAUUAGAAAAUAUAUUUGCUUUAAUGUUCCUAAAAAACACCCACCUAUCUCAGAAUCUUCAAGAAGAAGAAUUUAUCUGUAGUGAAAAGGAGGUCAGAUUAAUUCUUUAUUUAUUGAGAUCAAUUAUUGAGGAAAUUAAAAUAAAGAAUUUGUAUGAAAAACACUCUGAGGAAUAUGUCAGAUUUAACCACCUAUGCAAAUGCAUUUCCGACGCAGCGUGGAGGAUGGAGCUGAUUGUCAAUGUAAAGUCCUCAGAGAAAUGUGAAAGAAAUUUUUUAAAAUACAUGUUGGCUCAGCCAGAGUCAUUGAUACAGAUGUGCUUAAAGAAAGGAGAUUUUGAAAGGGGAUACCAAGUUAUUAGGAUAUUCAAUUUACAAUCAACUCCUUUGGCGGAACAAAUCAAAUACACUGAAAAGUUGGAUGAUUUGAAAGAUAUUUUAAAAAAAGCUUACAAGAUAAAGUCGAUCAAGAAGGAUAAUCCGAAGAUUGCAUGGACCAACAUUGAAUCUUCGAUAAUAAAAAUAUUGAAAGAGUUCUUUACUAAAAAUCCAUGUUCUUCAGAAAAUAUCUUUAAAAAUAUAUUUGACCUGGUACUAACUCAGCCAACCGAUGUUGAUGAUUGCGACACAAUACUACAAUUGGCUAAGGAACAGAAUAUUCAACAGUGCUUUGUGUUCUACGAAAAAAUUCAAAACAUCUACAAGGAAGUGAAAACAGAGAGGCAGUUGCCAAUUUCGGAAAUUUUAAACGACGCCAGACUUUACCUAGACUUAAACAAGUACAAAAGAGAAGAAGAACUCUACCGAAGUCUCAAACAGAGCUACAGAGAAUUCAUCGAAACACUGAGUGCUGAUGAGCCUGGCGUUCUGGAUGAAAAUCAUAAAAGUCACCGUGCCCUCCUAAGACUCAACAAGAUUUGUAAAAAAUAUACGGAAAUUACUACUGCAAAUGAGAAUAUAAAUUAUCUUUCGAAAUUAUUCAAUUAUUUGAAAGCGUUCUCCCGUGUACUUUACAUUGAACAAAACACAUCUAACAUAGUGUCCUGUGGUAAAAACACUUCUUAUUUUGAGUUGUUACACCAUAACAGAUCUGAAUUAAUGGGGAAAAUCCUGUUUGAAAAAAAUUUGGAUCCAAGCGAGUUCGAAAAAUACUUCGGGAGAUUAAAACUGGAUUAUCUUUAUCAUGUCAUUGGAAAUUGUUUUCCAACCAUUAAUUUGCACACCAAGGAACACGUGACCAAAGAUGAACUGUACCCCGAAAACAAUUUAUACGUACCAUCGAAAGGCAUUAUAAGUUACAUUCAAAAGAGAAACUGGCUUUUAGCAUUUAUUUUAAACGAAAUGUAUUCAGUUGAAGAUGUUAAAGUGGAUGUUGGAGAGUUGAGAGUGAAGACGUUCUUGAAUUGUUUGAAACUGUCCAGCGUUCAGUCCUUAAAAGGUUUGUUUAACAAUAAUCUUAUAACAACAGUGCUACAAAACGACAUCAGUACUCAAAAAGUAUCGGAUUUCAUCAACAACAAAAUCCUUUUUAACGACACUUUCCUGACGUCCUCCCACCACAGUCACGCGUCCUGCGACAGUUUAGAAACUGGUGAAGAAAUUCUGGAAGACGCACUGAAAUCCACCAACUGGAAGGGAUUAUUUGAUAUUGUUGACAGCAUUCCUGAAAAUCAACUGAAAAAGAAUUCCGACUUGGUGGAGCUGCGGGAUAUGGUGCUGACCAAUCUGGUUCAGGACGGGUUUGAAAUUGGUUUCUACAAGUAUGUCGAGUUCAUAGUGAAUGAUGACCUACGGGUGACCACGAUAUUAAAGAACUUCCGCAAAUGGCCUGGAGAUUUUUGUGAAUAUGUAAUUAAAUCGGAAAUAACCAGGUUUGAUGGCACAACUGGACGACAGAUGGCUGAAUUAUCAGAAUGGUUGCAGGAAAUUGAAAUGUGUGAAAACUUAAAACCAAUUUUAAUGGUUAGUACUUGGUCAGAGUCCUAUGAUAUAUGUACUAAAAGGCAGCCCCAUGUUAUCAGCAAACUUUUAUCAGAGGAUAGGAUCGAGCUCUUACUUAAAUUCAUUGAACUUCAUGAACCUGCACAGACGGCUCUUUUGGAAAUAAAUGAGCCCUAUUUUCUGAUGAUAUUUGAGACCUGUAACGAUUUUUCUAACAUCAAAAUGCUUCUGGAUACUUUGCCUUAUGACCAUGCUAUUAAAAUUUGUAGAAACCUUCUGAAGUUGUUAAAAAAACUACCACAGUUGCAAUUUGUAAUUGAAUAUUUACUGAACAAUGAAAAUGAUGACAAUCUUAGAUAUAUAGAGAUUAGUCUCAAAAUCUUGUCAGUGUUUACGGCUCAGGAACAAGAACAACUACUCUGUCUCCUACAUGAGCCAUUAAGUAUUGUUGAAAUAUUAAUAAUGAACACCAAGCUUGAUAAGUUGGCCUCUGUUUUGGAAAUUCUAAAACGUGAAAUAGACCGGAUAGAUUUCGAUGAAGAUUAUUUAAGUAUUGAAAAAGUAGACCAGUUGUUAAGAAAAUAUGCAGAAAAAAGUCUCGAUUUUAGAGUAAUAACUCAACCUGAUCCUAGAUUACUUAGAACUCCAGAAAUCAAGUUGAUGCAAUCUCUGGAUUCCUUGAAUCUUGGUUCAGAGUCUAGGAACUUCGUUAUGCCGCCGGAAGUUCCCACAAAGGAUGAAUGGGUACAAAAUAACGAUGUCCUCGAAUGUAUGUGCUGCCAAAAGGUAACAUUUUCGAUGUUUAACCGUCGGCACCAUUGCAGAAGGUGCGGCAGAGUCGUGUGUUAUAAUUGCUCAAUGAAGCGCAUGUUGGUGGAAUCGUACGGUGACAUUUUGGUGCGGGUGUGCUCCGACUGUUUCCAGCAAACUCAUGGCGAAGCCAUGUCCGACGCACCGGAUACAGUUUCAACUAAAUCUAUUCUGUACGACUACUGGAUACUGACAGACGAUCCAGAGCAUAACAUCAUCGUACGCGAUGAAUUUUCAUACGAGCAUGCUCCAAGUGUAUCUUUGUGCUUAUCAAUUUUAAAAUAUCAUUCCAAAUGUGUGGAGUAUCCAAAGUUUUUACUAGACCAGUGUAACAUAAUGCUGAGACUACUACUCCCAAGUCAGGAACCCAUACAAGAAAUCGAUUAUCUUCUUGUUAUUAAAAUGUUGAAGUCUUUGGCAACUGCGGCCAAAAUGUCUUCGGUCGAAUGUACAUUACAAUACGGCACGUCGUUGGCCGACCGUAUCUUGUCGCAAUCGGAACUGCUUGGAUUGUUAGCUGAGAGGGGAUGUUUGAAUAUGCUGCCAAUCGCAGCUCCUCACGAUCAGGGUCCAUUUAUAAAUGCCUCGAUUUUAAGACGGUUAAGGGAUAAGUUGCUGGAAAGGGAACAGUGGAAUUUGGCGCUGGAAGUUUCAACGAAAACUGGACUAGAUAAUAUAGGUAUCUUUGCAGCUUGGGGUAAAAGUUGUCUAAAAGCUGGCAGUUUAUCUCUAGCUCGGGAGAAAUUUCAAAGAUGCCUGGAUAAAACCUCAUAUUACGAGACCUUGUCCGAUUCUACUGUUCAAAGUGAACAAGAUGAAGCAGACAUAUCGCGAUCUCGCUAUCCCUCCAAAUAUUCCAAUAACAGUAGCUAUCUUGAAGGCAAACCUUCCAAAAACCCGCCCCUAUUAAACGAAAUCAUUCAAAUUCUCGAGUCAAGGUCCGGAUCAAUUAGCACAGGAGUAACAGAUAUGAUGCAGAUGAGGAAUCUGAGUAGCUCCAUGUCAAGUUUAAAUACCAGUUGCAUCGUGACGACACAACAAGACGUCGCCCUGUGUAUUUUAAACAAACUGAGAAGCAUUAAAGAAAUUUCAGCUGGAAAUUAUUUUCCCCAUAACAAACAACAUUACCAAAACACUAAACCUAAAAUGGACCCGAUAUUUUAUGAAGAGUGCAUAUAUUAUCUGACCAAAUACGGCACCCACAUCAGCCUUUUGGAAUUUUACGUCAGGCAUGACGAAAUCCACACCGCUUUGAACUACAUAAUCGAAUACAGAUUGUGUGCAGAUGUUUUCAUAGAGAUUUACAUGAAGUGCCUCAAAGAUGGAAUUGUUAACGUUCUACAAGAUGAGAUGACCAAAAUAGAUUCAACUUUGGACAUUUGGAAGGAAUAUUUAAGGCAAAUUUGCAGACAUUUAGAAAAACAAAAUAUGCUGAAUUCAUUAUAUCAACUACAACUUUAUAUGGGCGAUUAUAUUCGGGCAGCAAUGACAUGCAUUCGAUUUUAUCAAGAGAACGUAAGCAAUUUCACUGAUUUCGCCACCAAAACCAAUUUUUUGCACAAAGCUGAAGAACAUCUAAAGCAGGUGCUGGAACAGGAACAGUGGGUAGAAGUUGCGUCAGUUCGUACUACCUCGUCGAAAGAUAGCUUCGAAGAGAAAGGUCUGACUAAUCCGUCUCUGGUUAUGAAAAUUAAUUCCAAGGAUAUUGACAAACACAUCAAUACGAUUUGGAGGCAAUGUGAGAUUGUCAAAUUCUUGGCCGAAUGUGAAGAGUUUUAUUCUAAGCCAGUUGACUUACUGUCUUCUAUUUUAAUAACAGAAGAGACAUCCAAAAGAGGAAACAAAAUUCCGACUCUUUUUGGCACAACCAACGAAAAGAUUGUCUUAGCCGUUUUGGCAAUAAUCAGCGGCCGAAACGUGGAUGACGGUUUCGACAUUGCUCUAAGGAUUAUACAAGAAUUUAAAUUAAAACCUGUGAAGGUGUAUUGUGAAGCCGGUAAACAAUUGGCAAAAGCAGAAAGACAGAGCGGGAUUGCGCAAUUGGUGAGCUGUAUAAAAGCAAGCGGCACCAACGAUAAUGCAGUUACGGAUAUGUGUGAUGAAAUGCUUACUUUAGCUGUGGCCACUUUUACAAAGGCCAAUGUGACAGGAACGAAAGUGGAGGAUCUUAUUAAACUUAUAUCCGAUCGAUCAACUAAGAUAUCUGCCUAUAUUGAAGCAAAGCAAUUAAAAACGGCAUACUAUUUAGCAGUGAAAUAUAAGCGCAUGACAGAUAUCCGUAGGAUACUACGGGAAGCGGAACUAUUGAAUCAGCCCAGCAUUAAGGCAUUAUGUUUAAAGGUCUUGCAAACACACUCUCACGCACCAUCACACACCAAAGAAUGAUCUCAUAUUAUUUUUUAUAUCUAUAUAUUUUGACAAUAGCAAAUCUCAUAAUUAUUUAGUAUCGUACCUAGUCAUUGAAAAAAUAUAUUAUAUCUAUAAUCAAAUUAUUUUAUUUUUAUAAUUAAUACUGUGAUAAUAACUAUUGUGACUGUUACAUGUAAUUACCAAAUUUUAUGAAAAUGUAUAACGUUUUAAAAUAAGUUUGUAUUUAUGUUAUAAAAUUAAUAUUUUACUUUCAAUAAAAUUUAUACUUUUAUAGAAAUAGUACAAUGUAAGUAUUGUUUUAUUUUAAUAAAUGAUUCAAAAAUUA